UUGGUGGAAAGUUUGCGGUGAUCAAGAAUCUCUGACAAACAUCCAUUUUAUGGCCAUUUAUUUAAAGAUUAUAAAAAAGUGAACAGAGUUAUGCCAAUGGAUUCUACAUACCGAUAUGGGAAAUACAGAAUUGAGAGGGACGUGCUGGAUGAGCAGAGACUGGAGGAGGUAACACAGCGGAAAACAUAUUCUGACCUCCACCCUUCUCUAGCUAAGCGACUUAAGGAUUCCUUAAGAUGUACAGUACCUAAACUAAAGCGAAGUGUGAUGAGCAGCUUUCCUUUGUUAUACUGGCUGCCCAAGUACUCAGUGUGGGACUACGGCAUGCCAGACCUCGUCUCUGGGAUUAGUGUGGGUAUAAUGCACCUGCCACAAGGUAUGGCUUAUGCAUUAUUGGCUUCAUUACCUCCUGUAUUUGGGCUCUACUCUUCUCUCUAUCCACCAUUAAUCUACUUCUUCUUUGGUACGUCGCGUCACAUUUCCAUUGGUACAUUCACUGUUCUCAGCAUCAUGGUAGGUAGUGUAACGGAGAGACUCGCUCCAGACGUGAAUUUCCUUAUAAGUGAUGGGACCAACACCACUGCAGAGGUGGACGUAAUAGCCCGCGACUCAUACCGGGUGCAGGUGGCAGCAACUACUGCUGUCCUAGGAGGACUUAUUCAGGUGCUUCUGGGUGUGGUAAAGUUUGGAUUUGUGGGAACGUACCUGUCUGAACCUCUGGUCCGGGCUUACACAGCAGCUGCUGCAGCCCACGCUGUGGUGGCACAGCUGAAGUACAUAUUUGGAGUUUCCCCCACACGGUUUAGUGGUCCACUGUCACUGGUGUAUACUCUGAAGGAUGUUUGCUCUUUGCUGCCGCACACUCAUCUCCCCACGCUGCUGCUCAGUGCCGUGACUAUGGUGCUUCUGAUUGCAGCCAAGGAGCUCAACGCGUUCCUCGGCCCGAAGCUGCCAGUGCCCGUCCCAGUGGAGCUCAUCACGAUUGUGGCAGCAACACUCAUAUCAUCCUAUGCACAUUUAAACAGCAACUACACUAUUUCAGUUGUUGGAGAAAUUCCUAGUGGUUUAAGUUCUCCCAUGGUACCAGAUGUGAGCAUUUUUGGAGAAGUGAUUGGCGACGCAUUUGCACUGGCUAUCGUCGGAUACGCCGUAUCUGUUUCACUUGGAAAAACAUUUGCACUGAAACAUGGAUACAAGGUGGACAGUAACCAGGAACUUGUGGCGCUGGGCCUCAGUAAUGCAGCGGGCGGCUUCUUUCAGUGCUUCUCUGUCUGCGCCUCCAUGUCCCGAAGUCUCAUCCAAGAGACCACUGGUGGUAAAACACAAAUGGCUGGCGUGGCCUCCUCUCUAAUUGUGUUGGUGACUAUACUGAAACUUGGAACAUUGUUCCAGGAGUUGCCAAAGGCCGUCCUCGCAUCGAUCGUCUUUGUGAAUCUGAAGGGCAUGUUCAAGCAGCACUUUGACAUUGUUACACUGUGGAGGAGCAGCAGGAUUGAUCUGGUGGUGUGGUUGGUCACUUGGGUGUCAACCGUGCUUCUCAAUCUGGACCUGGGUCUGGCAGCGUCCAUCACCUUUGCCCUGUUUACUGUUAUCUUCAGGACUCAGCUGCCCACAUACUCAGUUCUGGGAAAUGUUCCAGGUACAGAACUAUACGUGGAUAUAGAGACACACAGAGACGCAAGGGAGGUUCCAGGUGUUACUAUAUUCCGCUCCUCUGCCACAGUGUAUUUUGCCAAUGCUGAUCUCUACCUCGAGGCCCUGAAAGAAAAGAGCGGCCUUGACAUCAGUAAAAUGAUUAUCUAUAAGAGGAGGCAGGAGGCCAAACAGAAACGAAGGGAAAGGAGGGCUGAGAGACGUGCGAAGAGGCGCGCCAAGAGAGAGAGACGGGCACAGAGGACGGCUAAGCAACUGCCUGUAUCGCCUGACUUCUCCGUGGAGGAAGAGGACGGCUGCUGGAGGGACACAUGUAUCGACGGGACGGAGAGGGAGGAGCAGGACUGGCCCGAGAGGGAGAACGGGACAGUGUUUGUCAUCCCGACCACUCCGCAGACACCGGACGGCCACUCUAGGUGGGAGUACCUGAAAGGAGGAGAUCCAGACUGCGCCAGCUUAGGGUGGAUGUCAGAGCUGCAAGACGGUGACACCACCACUCUGGGCUCCAGCAGUGAGGACACGCUCAGUCGUGACCUGGAACGAGUCUCUCUGGGGUCCCUGGGCAAGUGGACCUGGGACAUUCACUCCAUCAUUCUUGACCUCUCCACAGCGAACUUCAUUGACACGGUCGCUAUCAAGACCCUGAAGAAUAUUUUCCUGGACUUCAGUGAGAUUGAUGUGGAUGUCUACAUGGCUGGUUGUCAAGCCUCUGUUGUGGAGCAGUUGGAGCUCGGUGGCUUCUUCUCAGAGACAAUAACAAAGAGACGCCUCUUUGCCUCCGUUCAUGACGCCGUGCUCUACUGUCUGAACCAUCGUGGAGCAACAUUGUUCCCCCGAUACGACCCGUCUCCGGACGUGCAGUGCAGCAUGAGAUUUUAAGACCCUUCAACCACAGGAUGGGUGAACACUCACUGGAGGGACUAUCUGAAGCUGACGAACUACUUCAUCACGUUGUUUUAGCGUGUGGCUUUCAACUGUAUUUAUAUAUUUCGUGUUUAUGCAAAAUGAAGAGUAAUGCUGAGGAAAUAGCUUAAUUUAACUUUAUUCGGUGUCAAGAGUGUGAGACAUUUUUAAGAAAUAUACAAUAAAUAAAAUGGAACCUGACCAUCUGA